GUUCGAUAUUUCAACAGGAUACGUUACUAUCGCGGAAAAAUUUGAGGCUUGAAGCUAUACCGUAUUUCAAGGCUUGGAAUUUGUCGCAUAAUUUGAAUUGUCACGAUGUGCGCACUAAAAUUACCGUCCUGCUGUUACUGAGUGUCAGUGGUUUUGGUUCGUUCAUUUGGUACGUGGCGGCUAAUCGCCCGAAUUUUCUGUAAACUGAGCGUUGAGAAAUAUUCAAAGAUUGGACAGUUAAAUUUCAAUAAUUUUCUGAAAAUUAAGGCUAAUGGGCUUCAACUAGAUCUGAAUCACCGGAGACUUCAAACUUCAUUGGCUCAAUUGUAACGUCGCUUGUAAUUACUGUAUUAUUGGAUGAAUUGAAAUUUUCUGUGAUAAGUUGUCUUUGAACUGGAUUUUAUUCUGGAUAAAGGAUUUGUUGGUGGAGUUAAGAUCUCAAUUUAUUUAAAAAUAUUUUGAUAGCACUGACUGAAUGAAUAUUGAUUUCCACUCAUUCACUGUAAUAGACAUUUUAACAGUAGAUUUUUAUCCUCAACCUCACUGUUAUAAAGGGGGAUUCGAUAAUUUGAUGAACAGUAAAUAGAAUGCAAUAAUAUGAAAUGACAAAUUGAUAUCUGAUCAUGGUACCGAAUUACUGAUUGAAAUCCCCAAAUGGACGUAUAUCAGAAAACAAGACAGUAAAAUAGGGUUUUCAUGUAUUUAUAAAUAUGUAGCUCUAGGUUCUUUCCACUUCAGUAUCGCCUCAUCAAUUUUUUCUCAUGAUAAAUAGUACCAGCUAUGCUCGUUUGUACUUCUGUAAUCAUAAAAAGUUUCGUCUAGAAUAAGCGUAUGAUCAUAUUUUAGAAAUUUGAUUGAUUCUCUUAGAAUCGAGUGUCAGUACAGUAUGUAAUUAUAGACUUGGGAUUCUGAAGUAUACAAGUUUCUCCAUUUUGAACUACUUUUAAAGAAAUCUUGUGUGUGUAUUGCAUUUUUUGAUCCGUAUACAUUGUGAUAUACUUAACUUUUGCAGGUCAUGAAUCAAUAUAUUAUACCAUUAGCACAUAACGACCCAAGACUUUUUUCUCAUGUCUCACAAGCCUUUUCCUUGGUUGAUCUUGGCAAGCGUUUACUGGAUGCCGCAAAAAACGGAGAUGUCGAGGAAGUCAAGAAUUUAAUAAAUAAUGGAGCACCGUUUACUACUGACUGGUUGGGAAUAUCUCCUCUCCAUUUCGCUGCUAUGAAUGGACAUCUUAGUUCAUGUGAAGCGCUCCUACGUGCUGGUAUUAGCAGGGACGCUCGGACUAAAGUUGAUCGUACUCCUCUCCAUUUAGCUGCUCAAGAGGGUCACGCAGAUAUUGUGGAGCUUCUGUUACGUAAUGGAGCGGAUCUUAGUGCUAAGGAUAUGUUACGUAUGACAGCACUACACUGGGCAGCCGAAAGAGGUCAUACACCUGUUGUUCAAAUGUUGAUGCGUUUUGGAGCUGACGCACAUCUCCAGAACAAAUUCGAAAUGACUCCUUUAGAUAUAGCUGAAUGUAAGCAACACGAUGAUGCUCGGGAUGCUAUGUUAAAUACUCAGUAUGAUUUAGUAUCGUCAGUCGGUCGUAUGGCUGCCACGAAUGGGGAUAUAGUAGGUGCUAACGCAUACAUCUUAACGGAAGAAGAGACGUUAGUUCCGGCUGCUCCUCCAGCUGAUGAGGUGACUGUCACCGCGACAACGGUUGAGGAGUCUUCCAACAUACAAGACUCUGAUAUCUCCGAAACAUUCUCAAAUGGUGGUGAUGCUUCUAAUGAAGAUGAAAAAAUCACAACUCUUACGAAAGUAAAAAGUGGUCACAGUGGUUCUAAUAAACGAAUAUGGAAAACUGAAUUAAGUGAAAAUACAAAUGUCAAUCUUCAUGGUGAAAAUUCGGAAGCCCAAACCAUUCCUUAUUCAUUAUCACAGUCAACACAGGCAGAUAAUACAAAUUAUAUUCCGAAUAUUAAAAAUAAACCAAAUUUAUCUGGUGAUAUUUUAUUGCCUUUGGAUGAAGAUUGUCCAAGAGAUGUUAUGAUAGUUGAAACUCCGGAUGGUGAAACGCUUUAUGUUCAUCAUCAGUCUAAUGAAGACGGUUCCAGUGGUCUAGUCAUUUUGAAUGACACAGGUGAACAGGUGAAUAAUCCAACUUUGAUGGCACAAGUAAUGGACGCGUUAGUCGCUUUGCCAGAAAAUGUAAUCAAUGAAACUUUAAAUGCAGAUAACUCUAACGUAAAUAUUGAAUCGGAGUUAGAUGCUUCAUCACUUCAACGCUUGGAAAAGAGUCCAAAUAACAGAAACCUGAGGUCAGAAUUCAACAAGACAAUCGUUAAUAAUGAUAGGUUUUUUCAAACUAGCACUAAUGGGUGUCAAACAGGAGGUCGACGACUAAGCCCUACGCAUACUAUAGAUAAUGAAGAUGAUGACGAAGAUCUUGACAACGAUGAAUCAGAAUCAUUAGUAGCUCACUUAGCUGCAUUUGCCAACCAGCCUGAAUCCCAACAAACAACUAUCUGUGUAGAAGGAAUGGGAUCUGGUGCUUCAACCCAUGACUUAAUAAUGUGGUGCUUGUACAAUGGAAUAUUUAUUCGUGGCUAUGCAGAUGAACCAACCUUUAUCAUCGAAUUCGUUUACCAGGGUGAGGCAUACACCCUUUCGGCGUCAUAUGAUUCACAAUCUGGUACUAUCAAUUUCUAUCAUGUGGAGACUAACCAGAAGUUAUAAGAACACCAGAACAUAAAUUUAUUUCAGUUUUAUUCUGUACAUAAGUCUAUUGCAUUUUUAUCGAAAACAUAAAAACCUUCUUUACUUAA